UCAGACAAUAAACGUGGGUGCAACAAGUUUAAAGAUUUUUGUUUUUUUUUACAUCUGAUUGGAGUUUGUGCAAAAUAAGUUAUAUAGAUUUAUCAUAUUUUUAAAUUGUGACAUGAACUCUAGUCGUUAAUAAAAUUUAAUGAAAAUGUUUAAAACUUAGAACGUUUAAGGGUACAAAAUUUAUUUUGUUGAGUGAAAUUUAAUAGUUGUGAGGAUUUAUUAACCAUAAUGUGUAGUAACGAAAGCCCUCCACCGACCAAAGAGCCUUUGGCAAUUGGUUUAGGUGUUGGGAACCCAAUGGCUGGAUUCUUACCAUUUGAACAUUAUCGGCUUCAACUAUACCAUUACGCAUCAAUGGCCGAGAGACUAAGGUUAGCGCAACAAUUACAUCCACAACAUCAUGGAGUAGGACAUCCUACAUCUGGAGGACCAGGGUCUCAUCUAGGAAUGUCAGGUUUUCCAGCACCACUUCCAUUGUAUCCAGCUGCUGCAGCGGCGGCUGCUGUCGCAAGUUAUCCUAACAGGCUUGCUUUGUCAAUGGCUCUGCUUCAUCCUCAUCAUCCACGGAUGCCCGAAGAGCCAAAGCCACAGCACAGUUAUAUUGGACUAAUUGCCAUGGCAAUUUUGUCUUCACCGGAUAAGAAGCUUGUGCUAUCAGACAUCUAUCAGCACAUCCUAGAUAACUAUCCUUAUUUCAGAAGUCGUGGUCCAGGAUGGAGAAACUCUAUCAGACAUAAUUUAUCAUUAAAUGACUGUUUUGUUAAAUCCGGAAGAAGUGCUAAUGGCAAAGGCCACUACUGGGCCAUUCAUCCGGCGAAUCUGGAAGACUUUAGACGGGGUGAUUUCCGCCGACGCAAGGCUCAAAGGAAAGUACGUCGGCAUAUGGGUCUCGCGGUUGAUGAAGAACCAGACAGUCCAAGCCCACCACCUUUACCAGCAACUCCGCCGCCACCGACGGGUUUAGUUGGUCCACCAGUUACAACACAACCAAUAACAGCCAUUUGGAGUCCUCAUCAUCAUCACCACCAUCAUCAUCAGCCUCAACAGUCCAAUCAUCAACAGUUACAGCAAUUAUCACCAGAAAGUCAACAACAUUCGCAGCACCAACAUCAACGUCAAAUUCAAAAUCAUCCCUUACUACGAAUGUCUUAUCAGCCAUCUCGUAAACGACAAUUUGACGUCGCUAGUCUUCUUGCUCCAGAUGAUCAACAAAUAGACGACGAAUCCGUUGUUAUAAGAACAACUAAAACCCGUAAAUUCAGCUGCAGUGAGGAUGAACAUGAAACAGAUCAUAUUGAUCAAGAUGACGAAGAUGUCGAUGUGGACGUUGACGUGGUUGCUGAAGCAAAUCCGUUACCUUCACCUGGCACACCCAGUGCAAGUCCGGAUGCCAAAAUGAUUUCACCAAACAAUCAGUGCGAUUGGAAUGAGCCGACGGCGAUCAAAGCCGCGCAACCACUUUCGACGAUGCAUCUUCACAAUCAUUUGCAUAUAAGAAAUUAUUAUAUACAAGCGAACGCAACAUCAACUUCCAGCGUUUAG